AUGGGUCUUCAUCAGGCAACUGCAGUGAGAAUGGGCUAGCACCGGACAGACGGGAGACACCACCAGUGCGAUGGGCGUCCAAGAUGGCUGACACCUCUUCAGCACCAAUAGCACGUCCAGACAGCAAACAGGUCAGUCUGGAGCCAUGUCACGACAGAUGGAAGACAGCCAUAGAAGAUUCCUUCAUAAUAUGAUGGUCAAUGGCAUUAUUGACGAACAAGGGGCAAGGACGCUGUAUCAGCGCUGCUGUGAAACACACAACAUCCCUGAUAAAAUGGACGAAUUCAUUGAUACCAUCAACUCAAAGCUGCAGCCCAUAUUCAUGCAGAUAAGAAAAGGAAUGUCUGAAGACAGUGGCGAGCAGCACUACGCUCUGGUGGACCUGAUCGUAAGCUCUGAAACUGGCACAGCUUCCUCCACGGACAUUCUGAAUAGUGCUGACACCAUGAUGUCUAAAAAGCUGAAGAAGAGUGAGACAGAGCAUCUCUUGAACCGAUUCGUGCAUGACAAGUGGCUCUGUGAGAAACGGGGUGAAUACAACUUGUCCACCAGAUGUAUCAUUGAGAUGGAGUCGUACAUCCGCACAAUGUAUCAAGACCAGGUCAAAGUCUGCCACAUCUGUCACUACAUUGCUUUCCAGUGCCAAAUAUGUGAGAAUCCGAUAUGUGGCAUAAAAAUACACAACCCAUGUGUGGCCAGAUAUUUCAAAGGAAGAUCAGAGCCACGGUGUCCAGCAUGUGAUGAAUUUUGGCCUCAUGAAAUCCCUGAAAUCAGACUGCCCAGAUCUCAGUCCAGAAGAUGAGGACUUCAGUACCAAGUGUGUUUUUUCUUUGUUGAAGUUGUUAAGUAUAAUUUUCACAAAAGUUUGUAAUUAAUCAGUUAAGGUGGAUUUUUUUUAAUCAUUAUUUUAACAAGAAUUAAUGAGAAUGUGUUUUUUUUUUUUUUCAAACUCAUAAUUAAUGAGAAUGUGUGAAAAUGUCUG